AUGGCUGCCUCAGUCUAUGCAACACCACCACCCGAUCUAAGUGGCGAAGAAGCUGUUCUGAGUGAUGCGUCGAAUUCUUCGCAAACCAAUAGCUCUCACAGUUCCACGUUGAAAGCUUCCAAGCGCACGCUCUCAUCAUCGUUCCUGAAUGCAGCAACAACUCAAAGUAGUACGUUGACUACUACCUCACAACUCAGCUCCGACUCGCUACCAGAUUUGUCGAAGAAGCGCCGUAAGCAAUCGAUGCCGAUUCGAUUUUCUGCCAACGGUACGGCUAUUGAAAUACCAACGACCACGAGUACAGACACGGUUGUUGAUAUCGAUGAACGUUCCCUGGACGGUGCUCGUGGAAAUGAUCACGAUGACGCAGCCGAAGUAGAUCAGGAGCGAGCUGAAACCGAUAGCUCACCAAACCCCACCAGUCCGGCAAUGGAAAAUGGCGACGACGAGGGAGCAGCAUUGUUGGAAGAGCAACAGAACAACUUUCAAAAGAUAUUCCUGUCGAACCUUAGUCAAUUACAGCAAAAACACCUACAGUUGCAGCACCAGAACUCUGAAGGGUUUCUGAGUUUGGCCAAUCCGGGUACUACACUUCCCGAGAACUUUCUGACCUCUAAACUGAACAGUUUCAUUGCUUUGAGCAGCGCCCGAGCUGAUCGUGAAUCGUCCUCCCUUCCCAGAAGUGACGAUGAGCAAGAAGGGAACGAAGAUCGUCCGCUAUCGAUCCCCGAGGAGUCAGAGAGAAGAGAUAAAAGUCGUGAGCAGUCUCCUGUCACCAAAAAUGUUACAUCUACCGAAGAUGUCCUGAAACCACGCGAAACCGACCCUGAAGGUAACACACUACCGUUGUCGGGAUCGACGACUAAUCCUGUGACGAAAAGUGAUGAAAAGAUAGCCGAACAUCAAUCUACUGCGAGUAGUCCACCUAAGAUUUCACUCAAGAAAGAACUCAUGAUGGACCCGGAAUGGGAUGGCGAAAUUCGUAGUAACUUUCCGAAGGCGGAUGAUUGGAUAUCAAUCGCCGGACUGUCCUUCCCAUUCCCACCCGAAGCUGCCGCGGCCCUGUCCGCCUCAGGGUAUCUACCUCAAUUACCACUGCUGGGAGUACCCACGGUGUCCGCUUUUGGCACAUCCGGUGACGGGAACAGUCGCCCUGGAGUACCUCCGUUGCGUAUUUUCAAUCCGGAAGCCUACUGCGAUCUGUGCAACAAGGAGUUUUGCAACAAGUACUUCUUAAAGACGCAUAAAGCGAACAAACAUGGUAUCUACGAACCAGCCCCAGGCAAUGGAAGUUCGGAAGCCACGAAUUCUGCGCUGUCUGCCAUGAGCAACCCCUUCAACUCGAUUCAUCAGCUGUCGCAGGUGUUUCAGAUGCAGCAACAGCAACACUCUGGCGUCCCUAUCUCCAGUGAACAAAUAGAAAAACUCUCUAGUCAUCACACCGCUGCGGCUGAUGCAGAACGUAUGCAGCCUCAAACGAUGUUGCAUUCUCAACCACAAUCCAUUGCUGGCAGCCAGCAAAAUCAAGCAAACGCCGGGAAGAACAUGCAACAGUUACCGAUGCGUUCGGCUCAUUCACCUAAGGUUUCCGUGACACCUAAUCAAAUACAACCCACCGUCUUUUGCGAUAUUUGUUUCAAAAAGUUCAGCAGCCUCAGCGCAAUGCGCAAACAUCGCAGCAAAGCACACGAGCUAUCAAACAGUAAUCAUCAGAUGCAACAACAGCAGCAGCAACAACUACACCAGCAUCAACAACAGCAGCAACAACAACUGCAACAGCAACUACAACAGCAUCUGCAACAACAGUAUCACCAGCAAAUGCAGACACAACAGCAGCAUGCGAAGCUCGCUGCCAACAGGCAAGAAGCAGCUGAAUCCGGGUUAGAUUCAUCAUCGGGCAUUACGGGUGCUGGAGGUCCGUUGCAGCUUCCCGACGGUUUCCGAGAGGACUACACGAUUGAGCAGGAGGAUGCCACAUUUACACCGCAACCACGCAAGCUAUCGCCACACUCGAUGCAGGCAGCCAAGGAGGCGAACUUCUCAGCGGACAAGCUGCGUCGUCUCGGUGUGGUCAACCCGGAGGCAUUCUGUGAGAUUUGUUGCAAGGAGUACUGUAACAAAUACUUCCUGCGCACCCACAAACUUAAACGUCACGGUAUCCUGCCGUCACCGGAUGAGCUGAAGGACGACGGUCGUCAGCCGUGGGCACCGUUCCUACAAACGAGCCCACUGAAUCUGAUAAUGGGUGGUACCGCGGCGGAUGUGAUGAGCGCACAGAUGGCUCUGCAAGCGGCUUCACCUUCCUCGCUAAGAAAGCUAAUGACAACAGACGAGUUGAGCAGUGAUCAGGUUGCAAUCGAAGGUGCUAAAGGAGUCGAAAUCAAGCGUGAACAGUCUCCCCCGGCCAAGAUGGACAAUGGAGGUGCUGAUUCGGAUGAUCAGCAACAAUCGGAUGGUGGAAUACCAGGCCCAAGCAAUGGCGAUGAUGGUGCUCGCGACGCUGCUAGCGAUGAAGACGCCGAGGCGAUCAGUGUCGACUUGCAGAAGUUACAAUCGAUGAUCAUGCAACUGAACGAUCUAAACAGUAUCCAACACCAGCGUAAGGUGAGUUGCGGUGUGUGCGGUAAGGAUCUGGCUAACCAGUAUCUGCUACAUGCGCAUAUGAUACAGGAACAUGGUUCACUGGGCAUGGACAACAACAACGGCCCAAAAGGAUCACGUGCUACGACUCCGAACGAUAUGCCUGAAACGUGUAAGCACUGCGAUAAAGAGUUCGCCAACGUGUACAUGCUGAAGCAACAUCUUGUCGAGAUGCAUGGAGGAAUGACGGGUAUGUCUAGCCCCAAACGCGAGGGAUUUGUCACUCCGGAACGCCCAACAACUGUUCCAUCGGGUGUUGGAAACGGUGUAACAGGUAGUGGCGGGCCAGGCAGCAUCCCAAUGCCACCCGGUGCUCCUGGAUACGGCGAACGUAAGCCAAGCUACUCGAUGACUCCAACCAGCAGUUAUUGCGAGAUUUGCAACAAGGAACUGUGCAACAAGUACUUCAUGAAGACGCACAUGCAGCGUAUGCAUGGCAUUGAGAUUGAAAACGGUGCCCAGAUAGGUGGAGUCGUCUGCAACAUAUGCAACAAAGAGCUCUGCAGCAAAUAUUUCCUACGUGUGCACAAGCACAACACACACGGCAUCGUGGAGGAAGGUGCACCACUGCCACAACCCCGUCAAAACGGGUCAUCAGCAAUCGCCGGCGUCAAUGAGAUGGGAGCUGGAGAGACUAGUGAUGGUAGUUCCUUCCCGGGCGGUGACCUUAAACCGGGAGAGGUUAGCGAUCUUAGCAAUCGUUACUACUCACACUUCACCGAGGUGUGUCCGCUGUGCAGUCGGCGAUUCCGCAGCGCCAAGUGGUUACGGGCGCAUCUUCUGAGCGAUCAUGGGAAGGUAGGCGUCGAAAAGCUCAAGGAUAUCGAGCAGAAGCUUGGCACGAACGUUCAAAACGGAGGCGGUUUGCUGGGAAACGGUGCCAAUUCAGGAGGUGGCAGUGGAAAUAGCCGGAGCAAAUCAAACAGUCCAUCGCUGAAGGUACCGAAUGGGUUGAACGAUGGCAAGUACGGUUCCAAGUCACCGUUCGGGGGUUUGAGCCCAGCCGAGGCAGCCAAGUAUCUUCCGAAAGGUGCCGCCAUUCCGACACUGUUCGGAACGGAUCAACCUCCCUCUCCAAUGGGUGGCCUAAAAGGCUACCAAUGUUCGUACUGCUCGUUUGCUACCCCACUUUUGCCGCUGCUGUUUAUACAUGAGCGAUCGCAUUCCAGCUUGACUAUCGUGCAGCAGCAAUUACUCCAGCAACAGCAACAUCACCAGCAGGAGGAAGCUCAAGCAGCGGCUGCAGCCGCUGCAGCAGCAGCCCUCGGAACAGCACCGUUCGUUCCGUUGCUCAAAUCCGAAUCGGCCGUCUCGUUGGCGAAAGACCAAUCUGCCAACCAGCUCAUGCCUGGCACUUCGUCUGAGACGCCCUCGUCAACGCCGGCAUCCACGCCUGUUCCAUCCUUGUCGCAAGAGGCGCUCAAUCUGCUCCACCAGACACGAUCCCAGAGCCCCGAACGGGCGGGAUCACCGCGGGAUCCGGACCCACCAACCGCAAACACGAAACCUACCUCGCCAAAGCCCGCCUCUCCACCGUCGGCAACCGGCAGUGAACCAACUGCGAUGCUAUCCGAGGUGGCAAACAUUACCCAACGCCCGGCAGUGUACGCGUUGCCCCAACAGAGUGGUCCACUGAUGAUGCAAUCUUUCCUGAUUGAGGAGUCGCUCGGCGCCGGUGCUGGGGGUCGCACACGCAAAGACUCCACCGACAAAUCGGAAGGGCCGUUAGGCCAGGAUCACAGGUUCGUACCAGCUGUUGUUUUCUUACCUGUUAAAGAGCGUAUCCUCACGCCGAUGACAAUAUCGUUCAAUCUGAGUCCCGCCUAG